AUGCAGAGACGAAACGCGGUAUCUGGACCAAUGAUGGAAGUACUAAGGCUGUAUGCCACCAAGGAAGGAAAGAAAAUAAAUAUGAGUUCACCUGAAUCAAUAAUAUUGUUGAGCAGUAUAACAAAAAACUGGGCAACAUUUAUGCAGCACAUAGGGAACAGAAGUUUAAUUGAGCAAUAUGGAACAAUUUGCAAUAGUGAAGCAUGGGCAGACUCGGAAGAAUAUACAAAGGGAGACAGGGGGCUGAACGUGAUAAUGAAUGAUGCAGAGAGAAAUGUGUGUAAGCUAAUGGCAGUUGCAUUAUUCUUUGCAAAUGGAUGGGGCGCAGGGGAGAAACCCGAUGUGAAUAAAGCGAAUACAGAGGUAUUUAUAAGGUGCGCAAUGGCAAAUAUAUAUACUUACAUAUUAGAAGAAACACAGUGUGCUGGAAAACAGGGUAUACAUAAUGCAUGGCGCGCAAUGCAAGAAAUGGGUAAUGAGCUCUUCGGAGCGGAAAAUUUAAUUGCAGCAGGGACAUGUAGCAUAGGCAUGUUUAAAGAAGGGGAAGGAGGAAUUGAAGGGAUAAGAAGGAAAAUUAAGACCUGGUUACAGUCUAAUGCGGGACAGUUGGGAGCAAUACAGGGCCAAGCAACGGGAAAUAGCUGUCCGGAAAAAGUAGUAACUAAAGAGGAAACAAAGAAGGAAGAAGUACCUAAAAAUACACAGGCAGCAGUAGGGGGACACGGACUGCAAACACAUCAAACGCAGCCGGUCGACAGCGGACCAGCAUCAGCCAAACCAGUAGCGAAGUCGAAACCGGCGGCAACACCGUCACUGGGGACGGGGAAUGGGACGACAUCUGGUGGUGGUGGUCAGGGUGGUAGUAGUGGUAGUGGUCAGGGUGGUAAGCCUAGUACGGGAGUUGCCGUAGGAGGUCAGCACCAGAACGGGAAGAUGGCGAACACCGAGGAGACAGAGUGUGAUGCAGACAGAAUACUGCAGCGGACGCAUAGGCCAAUCUACGUGGUGCCCCCACGUGAUGAUAAUGAAUGGAACAAGUGGAAGCAAGUGUUGCAGGAAUUUACGGAAUAUAUGCAGGACCACAACGACCUCAAUGAAGCAUAUGGUGCCAACUGUUAUAAUGCAUGUUGGGAUUAUAUAACGCCAGGUGCGGUUCAUUUCGUGGACCAAACAGUAGCAGAUGUCGUACGGUGCAGAGUUAUGAGCGUUGCAUGGGCCUUCGCAAAUGGGUGGGGCCCUAAAGGAAGCGCUCAGCAGAACGGCGUGCACAUGAAUGAGCAAGAACAGAAUAUGUUCAGGUGUGAGGUGGCAAAUAUAUUUGGACAUUUACUGAAAACUAUGUACUGCACAAGUCAACAAGGAUACAAGAGAGGUGUAGAGUAUUCCCGCAUAGCAUUCAAGAGUAUGCAGAGCGCGGGCAAAGAUGGAGCUGGAGUACUGGAUGGUCCUGUUCUAGAGGACAAAUGUACAGCAUGUGGGUAUAAGGACCAUGAAAGGUUGGCACACGCAAUAAAUUUGAAAGUAGUGGAGUGGUUCUUGGAGGAAGGACGAAUAAAGGCAGAAAUACAGGCACUGGAAAGGGCAAUGCCGUGUAAAACAAAAUGGACAGAUUACAUUAAGCAGCUGGACCAAGGGGACAAACAUAUUAAGGAGGGGUGGAGAGACUGGAACAGUAUCAAAGACCGUUUGAGCACACACGGGAGGAAGAAGCUAGAGACAGCAGAGACGCUGAUGAACGAAAAGGUGAAGAAGAUAAUUAAGAAAGUGCAGGAAAAACAGGAUGAUAUAGUGAGGGCCGCCAAGGCGGCGUUUGAGGAAAAGCAGCAGAGAGCAAAAAAGGAAAUUGCGGACGGGAAGGACAAGAGGAAGAAGGCAGAAGACAGCCGUAACGGGGAGGUAGUAACGAAGAAACCAGAAGCUACACCACCUAAGGCACCAGAGACACCAAAGGAGGUUUCCCCGGACGCGAAAGCACCCAAGGAGGAAAAGACGGCAGAUAGCACGGCCAGGGCUGAUGGAGGAUUACCGGACAUGUUACCAGCAUCACCUGCGCCAGCGGAAACACCACAAGCACCAUCAUCAUCUGCAGCAGGCACAGGGGACACACAACCAGGUACACGUAAUGGUAGCACACAGACAACACCGGCACCCGCAGCAGGCACUACGGGCAAAGACUCACGUCCGGGGCCUAUUCCUGCGACGACGUCAACAUGUGGGCCCAGCACAUACACUGAGACUACGGAGGCAAAUGGGAGUACCGCCACCAUUACAAUCACUACCGUGCAUUCCUCAUCCCCUGCAUGCGCCGGCGGCAGUACCCCAGAGAAGGAAGCUACAGGAGGUACAACGACAUCGGGAUCCUCAGCAACAACGGAUGCAGCACCACCAGGAUCAUCACCACACCAGCCAGCCCCAGGUCUAGGGCACACGGGUGCAUCUGGUUCCAAUGGUUCACCCGGUGACACAGGUCCCUCUGGUCCACCAGGUCCAAGCGGUGCACCUGGUUCACCAGCGCCGCUCGGUGACGCGGGUACUACCGGUCCAGCGGGUAAAGAUCGUGAAGCAAACCCAGCCGAUCCGAACUCCGUCGACGGAGAAAAUAGUGACCCCCCUCCUCUCAAUCCACCCAAACCAAAACCGAACCCGAACCCCAAUCAAUCGGGUGCAAGCGGUAGCGGCGCAGGCGGCGCACCGUCCCCAGCAGGUGGUGGAAGUGCUGUUUCUGGUGAGGACGGACAGGGAGGUGAACACGCUGCUGGCGGCACCGGUAGCGGAAGUCCAGGAGGAGGAGGUAGUAGUGGUGCAGGAGGUGCCGGUGGUGGUGGUACGCGUGGUAGUAGUGCUGGUGGAGGGGCUGCCCUUACCCCUGACAUCCCUUCCGUUUUGCCCGGCCUCAGAUGGGAAGAUGUCACGCCGUACACCCCCGCGCUGCUCCCCGCUGUUGUGGGUAUUGGGAUAAUUGCGUUCUUCCUAUGGAGGGUAAGCACACACGACAAUGCGGGCAUGCCGCAUGUGCCGGAUGUUUAUACCUCAGAACAUCCCAACCGGCUCCAAUACAUGAUCGUUCUAACACAAAUGUACUCCUACACCCAAAUAUUGCAACAUCUACAACGCGGCGACGCUCCGCCACCCGAUUACGGGUACACGAUGAUUAGGGAUAGGCAGCCCGGCAGAUUGCCCGCCCAACGACGACGUCAUCCACGCGUGCGUAAGCGAACGAUCAUCGAGCUCCAUCUAGAACUGCUCCACGAAUGUGCAGCAACCGAGUGGGAAAACGUCAAAGACCACUAUUUGCAGAUUGUCGUGGAGGCGUUUGCGCCCGACUUGGAGCAGGACGAGGAAACGAAUAACAAUAUCUUGGGUGUGUCUACCGCAGACCAUGGUUCUGCAGGGAACAAUGUUUCCUCCACCGUGGAUCCAUCCACUGACAUCGAACGAACGGAUGCAUGUCCACCGAAUGACCCCGAUCCAUGGAAGUGUAUGGAAACUAUACAGUUCGCAGCGGACCCUUGUGCACCUAACGAAGAUGAUCCCUGGAGUUGUAUGGAAACGAUAGAGUUAGCAACGGACACUUCUCCACCGAAUGCACACGAACCUGAUGCAUGGAGUUGUAUGCACACUAAACAGUUAGAACAAGAAAAGAGUCCUUCCCAACCCGCUGCGACGAAUGCGACUUCGGUCCCCGACUACCAUCACUGGAUCCCUUGGAUUGACCGCAACAAGCAUCUAUUGCGCGCGUGCACGACGCAGCCGUGGUUUUUGCAAUUAAAAGCGGAUUGGAAACAAUAUUAUCAACAACAUUCGGCACACGAAGACCACGGGCACCGUGCACUCGGUGCAGCUGAAAUCCUGCCCAUGAAGAAAUUGCACUUGUGGAAACAAUGGGUGUCCCAACAACAUGCGCUUAUGAAUACAUACAGUGAGCAGGAGUGGUUCCAACCUUUGUUGCAUACUGUAGAGGCGGAGACAGAAUCGCACAAACGCGAAGUACCUGCAGUGGACACAGACGUAGAAGUGGAAAACGUAAAUACAGCACAACAGAUGCUACAAGUCAGAGAUGCACCACGGUCGCAACUGCAUCAGCAACCUUAUAUGAAAAAACGGUUCACCGCUAACAUAUGCAUACUGAUCCUGGCAUUAGUCAUAGAACAGUGCGAGGUCGAAUGUCGUUUGCAGCAGACGGAGUUAUAUGUGGAUGCACUACUGCAGACGCUCUGCAAUUAA